AUCACUUAUGGUCUUUCAGCGUUAUAUCCAUAUUACAAGUGACUUGGUUAAAUUCAAUUUCGAUAAAAAAAAUUUACAAAAUGACUUGUGUCGCUCAAAAUACUAAAAAUAUGAUAAUUUAUUUAUUGGUUGGUUGUCUAUUCCAGAUGGGCAACAUCCACACUACACCUGUGCCAGCAGAAGACCAGAACGCCGCGGCUUCCACGCCCAGCAGCACGGCCUCAAGUGCUUUGGACAAGGCGAAUUCGAUGGUCACGGACGGGGCAAAGACGGCAAUCAACGGAGUGGAGAACGUCGGUGACAUGUUCAAAACACUGAUCAAGAAAACGGGAUCUGCGGUAUCGGAUCUUGGUAGCGAAGCCAACAAGUCGUUGGGAGAGAUUGCCAAGGGCGGUGGACGGAGCACGCUCGCCCUAGGAUACCUAUUCAGUCAGCUGUUUGACGGCCUCAGCGCCACAGUGGCCACUGGUGGUGGUUACCUGGCCAGUGGUUUCAGGAACAUCGACGAUGUCGUUGGCGAUUGGCCGGUGGUGGGCCUAGUCACGGGCACCCUCGACGCAGUCUCGACUCACGUGUCCAACGCUGUAACUGAGAUGUCCGAAAAUGGCCGAAACAGCCGGCAAAAGAUGUUCGAAGGUCUACGCGGACACCUUAACCGUAGCGGCAGCAGUCUGCCGAAUGCCGAAAAUGAAGUCACGUCCGACGCCAACUCCGACGCAGUUGUGUAGUAGAUUGCGCCAAUUUAAGCAUCACAUAUUUAAAAAAAUGUAUUUUUUAGUCGAAAAAAAAAAAUCCAAAAUAUGAUUUUCGUAACUUUGUUGUCACUUGUCCUGAACGUUUUUAUUUAUAUCAUAUUUUCUAAUUCCGAGACAGUUGAUCGUGUGUGCAAUAUAAAGUCAGUUAUAGCAUUAUUAAACCCUUCGAAUCGUGCAUAUCAUUGGCGUUUUUUUACACACCUCUGUGUUAGCUAUACCUACCCAAUAAACGUACUCAAUUAUUA